AUGUCAGCCGCCGCCAGCAACUCGUCUCCUCCCGCGUCGCAGAAGCCGCCGCCGCCGCCGACACCGCCUGUGCCGCCGCCUGUGCAGCAACAGCAGCCGCCGCCGCCGCCAACACCGCCGCCUGUGCAGCCGCCUGUGCCUGUGCCGCCUCCCUGCUCUCCCAGCCCGUCGCCCUCGCCGCCCUGCACCGCCCUGCUCUCCGGCCGCCUCUCCAACGGCAGCCUGAGCGCCCCCAGUCCCACCAACUCCCGGGGAUCCUUCAACGGCGUCUCCUUCCUACUCCAGAUCGGCCUCACAAGGGAACCGGUUACCAUCGAGGCUCAAGACAUCUCCCUCUCCGCCGUCAAAGACCUCGUUUGCUCCAUCGUGGACCAAAAGUUCCCAGAAUGUGGUUUCUUUGGAAUGUAUGACAAGAUCUUGCUCUUUCGUCAUGACCUCAAUUCAGAGAACAUCCUACAACGACUGACCUCAGCGGAAGAAAUUCACGAAGGAGACUUGAUUGAGGUUGUCCUUUCUGUACUCGCCACUGUUGAAGAUUUCCAGAUUCGUCCCCAUGCUCUUUAUGUGCACUCUUAUAAAGCUCCAACUUUCUGUGACUACUGUGGAGAGAUGCUAUGGGGCCUCGUACGUCAGGGCUUGAAAUGUGAAGGAUGUGGACUAAACUAUCACAAACGAUGUGCCUUCAAGAUUCCAAACAACUGCAGCGGAGUCAGAAAGAGACGUUUGUCCAAUGUCUCUCUGCCAGGACUCUCCAUUCCAAGACCUGUGCCAUUGGAUCAUUCACCAGUAGUAACUGAAGAGCGAUGUCACCAGGAAACCAGCAAAAGAAUUCCGUCGUGGAGCGGACGUCCGAUCUGGAUGGAAAAGAUGGUGUUGGGAAGGGUAAAAGUACCUCACACCUUUGUUAUCCAUUCCUACACACGCCCUACAAUCUGCCAGUUCUGCAAGCGGUUGCUAAAGGGUCUGUUUCGGCAAGGCAUGCAGUGUAGAGAUUGCAGAUUUAACUGUCACAAACGAUGUGCAUCCAAAGUGCCCAGAGAUUGUCUUGGUGAAGUACUUUUUAAUGGAGAGCCUGCCAGCCCAGGACCUGAUUCAGAUAUGCCAAUGGAAGUGGAUAGCAGUGACAUGAACAGUGAUUGCACUAGGGUGUUGGAUGACACAGAGGAGUCCUCUAUCCCAGAUGACAAGCUGUACUUUAUGGACUCCUCUGAUCUGGAUGGUGAUAAAGAUGAAGAACAUGUCAGGACAAUCAGUCCUUCAACAAGCAAUAACAUACCCCUUAUGAGAGUGGUGCAGUCUGUCAAGCACACUAAAAGGAAGAGCAGUACUAUGGUAAAAGAAGGUUGGAUGGUCCACUACACCAACAAGGACAAUCUGCGAAAGCGACAUUAUUGGAGGCUGGACAGCAAGUGCCUUACACUGUUUCAGAAUGAUAGUGGAACCAAAUAUUACAAGGAAAUCCCACUGUCAGAAAUCCUGCAGUUGGAUCCAUCUCGGGAUUUCACAAGUCUGGCUCAAGGCAGCAACCCACACUGUUUUGAGAUCAUUACUGACACCAUGGUCUAUUAUGUUGGAGAGAAUCUUGGAGGCAACUACCAGAAUCCUGCCCUGGCUGCCUCGGGAGUAGGAAUAGAUGUUGCUCGGAGCUGGGAGAAGGCCAUCCGCCAGGCUCUAAUGCCUGUCACUCCACAAGCCAGUGUCUGUACCGUUGCAGGACAAGGAAAAGAACACAAUGACCUGUCUGUCAGCAUUUCUGUAUCUAACUGCCAGGUGCAGGAGAACGUGGAUAUCAGCUCUGUCUACCAGAUCUUUGCUGAUGAGGUGCUAGGUUCAGGGCAGUUUGGAAUAGUAUAUGGAGGAAAACACAGGAAGACUGGAAGGGAUAUGGCAAUCAAAGUGAUUGAUAAGAUGAGAUUCCCUACAAAGCAAGAAAGCCAGCUUCGCAAUGAGGUUGCAAUUCUCCAGAAUCUUCACCACCCUGGUAUUGUGAACCUGGAGUGUAUGUUUGAGACUCCUGAACGAGUCUUUGUGGUGAUGGAGAAGCUGCACGGAGACAUGCUGGAGAUGAUCUUGUCCAGUGAGAAGAGUCGUCUGCCUGAACGCAUCACCAAGUUUUUAGUCACACAGAUUCUGGUGGCUUUAAGACACUUGCAUUUUAAGAACAUUGUACACUGUGACCUGAAGCCUGAGAAUGUACUCCUCGCCUCGGCGGAUCGUUUCCCACAGGUCAAGCUGUGUGACUUUGGUUUUGCUCGUAUCAUUGGUGAGAAAUCAUUCAGGCGAUCUGUGGUAGGGACUCCAGCCUACCUGGCACCAGAAGUCCUCCGGAGCAAAGGAUACAAUCGGUCCCUUGAUAUGUGGUCAGUGGGCGUCAUUGUCUAUGUGAGCCUCAGCGGGACUUUUCCAUUCAAUGAAGAUGAGGAUAUCAAUGACCAAAUUCAAAAUGCAGCUUUCAUGUACCCACCAAAUCCAUGGAAAGAAACCUCUGGUGAAGCUAUUGACCUGAUUAAUAACCUGUUACAAGUGAAGAUGAGGAAGCGUUACAGUGUGGACAAAUCACUCAGUCACCCCUGGCUACAGGAUUACCAGACGUGGUUGGACCUUCGAGAGUUUGAGACCAGGAAAGGAGAGCGUUACAUUACUCAUGAGAGUGAUGAUGCCCGAUGGGAAGAACAUGCUACAGAACACAAGCUCCAGUACCCCAAGCACUUCAUCAUGGCGCCCAAUCUAGAUGAUAUGGAGGAAGACCCAUAAACAGCACAAGUGAAUGAUAUGAUGGCACUGAUGUUAAAAACACAUUUCCAAAGGGGAAAAGGAAGCCAUGACUUGUUGCUGCUUGCUGUACAGCGCAGCCAAAGCCAAUUGGAUACUGCUCAGCCUGUCGCAUCUGACCAUAGGACAAUGGAAGUAAAUGGUGCAAGUGGUGGCAGUGCCAACCUUGUAGCAUGAGUCAGCUACGCAGGGGUGGACUUGGUGACCAGUGUUUGUGGGUAAAGAGGAAAACCGAAUGCUGUGAGCUUCUGAUUUUAAAUCAAACAUUCCUUUUAUAGUAUUUAGCUGGUUUAAUACUAUCCAUGUACCUCUCUGGUAAUUAGUUACUGUGUACCAAGCCAUACAUUUGCAUGUUUACUAAAUGCACAACUAGAUCAGGCAAUCUAUUUUUCAUUUUGUAGAAGAACUAUGUAGGAGAUGGAAAGUUACUGAGAACAAAUUCUGUCCACUUAGAACAAGGGCUAGUGCUCAGACCAAACUCAAUUCUAAGUAGGACUUUGUUUCUUUCUGGCAGAAAUUUGUAAGCUCAAACUUGGUUGUGGGUUUUCAGGGUGAAUUUCCAGUUUUGUAUGUAUAUGUGUUUGAUUCUCUUCAUACGUCCUGCUUUGUGGCCUGGUCAGGGAGGAAGAAAACUGCUGUGUGGUGAGUUGGUGUUAACUUUCUGAUAUGUUAGAAUGGCUUCUCAAAGAUUUUGUUGAUUGGAUUCGAAAGGCGUUGAAAUCGAAUCACCAAAUUGUUCCUGCUUGUGAGUUUAAAAAGUAUAGUGUGUCUUUUUUUCCAGAUGACUGAAUAUAACAUGGUCACAUCGGCGUUUAUCCAACAAGUGGUCUCUUUGUGCUCACAAUUGUAGUUGUCAGUAAGCUGCCUUUUGAAAUAAAUUGUAAAUAACUUCUAUUUAGGAUAAGUGAAAUAGUGUAUUUCAGUAUAGACUACUGAAAGGAUCAGGAAAAGGAUGACUGCAUGCCCGAAGCCAGAUGUAAGCAGAACCUCUCGCUCCAGAGUAAAGGCAGGGGAGAAAAGUAAACUAUAACCUAUGAAGGGAGCUGUGAUAGAUGGUUGGACUGUAGUUCAUUUCCUAAGUUCAGGUAUUAUAUUGCUGGUUAUGCUGCAACUUUGUGUGUGCAUUGAAAUUUCUCUUUGCGUCAAGGCCAAAAGACCAGAUGUGUUGCCAACGUCAGUAACAACGUGAGAAUCGCAUUUAUAUUGUACCUGCACACCUGCUGGUGCAAACUCCACCUUCUAACUUUUGCCCAAUUUACACAGACUCCUGUGUUCAAUAUUCUUCUGAUUCAAUAGAAAAUAGAGCAGCCGUUGGAGGCCAGUUAGCAAGAUUUCCGUGCCUAAGACUUGUGUGCGUGUUGCUUGGCCACCCCCACUCCUCAAACAACAUAGCAGUGAGUAUGCAGAGGCUGGCAGUACUGCACCAGGACAUACAGUAUCUAUGAUACCAUUCCACCCUAAAAUUGAAUAGAAUUCCACCAUCUUUUGCAUAAAGUGUAGCUAAACUC